UACUUUACAACAUAAUAAACAAACAUCCUCAUUCCAACAAAAAAAAAAAAAAACAACAACAACAAUGGCCACAACUUCUUCCUCUUCACUCAUUUCCACAUUCUUCUUCCAUUCUUCUUCCUCAUUUUCACGUUCCACAAUCACCAAACCAAAAUCACUUCAAUUCCAUAAACCAACUCACUUAAUUUCCCAUCCUACCCUUUUCCUCCUUCAACCACCUUCUCAAACCCCAUCAUCACUUCCAAAACUCACUAUACCCAAAACUUGUUUUGAUUCUCUUCUCAUUUUCUGCACUUCACUUGCACUUUCUUUUACUCUCUUCAUUUCUAAUCCUGAUUCAGCUUCUGCUUUUGUUGUUACCACUCCAAGGAAGUUGCAAUCUGAUGAACUUGCUACUGUUCGUCUCUUCCAAGAGAAUACUCCCUCUGUUGUUUAUAUAACCAACCUUGCUGUCAAGCAGGAUGCAUUUACAUUGGAUGUGUUGGAGGUUCCUCAAGGAUCUGGAUCAGGUUUUGUUUGGGAUAGGGAAGGUCAUAUAGUCACCAAUUAUCACGUUAUCAGGGGUGCUUCUGAUCUCAGGGUCACUCUUGCUGACCAAUCAACAUUCGACGCGAAAGUUGUUGGUUUUGAUCAAGACAAGGAUGUUGCUGUGCUGCGUGUCGAUGCGCCUAAAGACAAGCUCAGGCCUAUACCUGUUGGGGUCUCUGCCGACUUGCUUGUUGGUCAAAAAGUGUAUGCUAUUGGGAACCCGUUUGGACUUGACCACACUCUUACAACUGGAGUCAUCAGUGGACUUCGGCGAGAAAUUAGUUCGGCUGCAACUGGUCGUCCUAUUCAAGAUGUUAUACAGACUGAUGCAGCAAUUAAUCCUGGUAACAGUGGAGGUCCGCUCCUAGAUAGUUCCGGAAACCUCAUCGGAAUAAAUACAGCUAUAUACUCCCCAUCCGGUGCAUCCUCCGGUGUUGGAUUCUCUAUUCCUGUGGAUACUGUAAAUGGCAUUGUUGAUCAAUUGGUGAAGUUUGGUAAAGUUACUAGACCUAUCUUAGGGAUCAAGUUUGCUCCAGAUCAAUCUGUAGAGCAAUUAGGGGUAAGUGGAGUGCUUGUCUUGGAUGCUCCUGCCAAUGGUCCAGCUGGGAAAGCAGGCUUACUAUCGACAAAGCGCGAUUCCUACGGUAGACUCAUUUUAGGUGACAUCAUAACAUCUGUGAAUGGUAAGAAGGUUACCAAUGGAAGUGAUUUGUACAGAAUUCUUGACCAGUGUAAUGUUGGUGAUAAGGUGAUUGUGGAGGUGUUGCGAGGCGACCACAAAGAAAAGAUCCCCGUCGUUCUCGAGCCAAAGGCGGACGAAUCAUGAUGUGCAACAACUCAUUCUGCAUCAUGUAUAUACACAUUUUCAUUUGGCAAGGAAUGGAGCUGAUUGAUGUGUAUUCUUAUAGGUUGUUUCACAAUUGUACAUAUGUACCAUGGGACUAUCAGCUGAAAGGUGUCACAAUCUAAUGUAUGGAUUAUCAAUUAUUUUUAUUUGGUAUAGCAAGCAAUGUAUAAGUUUCCCUUAGUUACAUGGUUUUGUUUUUUAAUUUUUAUGAAACACCGACAUAUAUACAAAUAUCAAUACAAACACUGAUAAUAAUUUGAUAAAA